GAACAGGAGGGGCUGCUGACGGCAGCAGGCGGCGGCAGAAUCGGGCUGCUGAGGCCAAUAAAAGGAGGCCGGAGUCCUCACUUCAUCCCACACAGAUCAGACUCAGCGGCAACUUCAGCUCGAACAGCGCCACCUGACGGACAGACCGAUCUAAGAAAGAUGCAGAAGUGCUUCGGCGUUUUUUGCGUGACGCUCAUCUUUUGCGCAACCCUCUCCGAGACCAUCGGUCUGGUUAUCGCGGCGAAGGAGAAGCGUGGCUGGACUCUGAACAGUGCUGGCUACCUGUUGGGUCCUCGUCGUAUUGAUCACCUAAUUCAGAUAAAGGAUUCCCCCAGUGCCAGAGGCAGAGACGAGCUGGUCACUCAAUACGGAAUAGAUGGACACAGGACACUGGGAGACAAGGCGGGUCUGGCUGGCAAGAGAGACAUGGGGCAGGACGAAGACUUCAGAACAGGUUCCUUGCGAAUAGGAGAUGAAGACGUCAUCCACACUGUCCUCGAUUUCCUGUCGUAUCUCAAACUUAAAGAGAUGGGAGCCCUGGACAGCCUGUCUUCUCCUGUGUCAUCAGAUGAACUGACCAAUCCCUAACAUUUCUCCUCCAUCUGUGUCCUCCAACAGUGUUUCAGAUGUUUGACCUACCAGUUCUCUAAAUGUCCAAUUAUCUUAACUCCAUGGGCAAACUUAUAUUCCCCAACUAUACAUCUUGGUUAUUUCUGUUCCUGUGUAAAUAAAUCUUUUAUGUACUGAA